AUGAGGUUAACCAUAUCCAACGAACUGAAUAAUCAGAUAUUAUCGGUAGACAUAUCAGAGUCUAUGACAUUGGAAGAUUUCCAAGCAUAUAUCCAAGCAGAAUUCGAUAUUUCUCCACAAGAUCAGUCAUUGAAGCAUAACGGGAAGCCUUUGAGUGGUUCUGAUAAAUCUUUGGAAGAUUUAGGGCUUAAUAAUGAUGACUUAGUAUUGUUGGGAAAAACUAGCGUAGGGUCCACCACGGCAUCGUCUGGGUCAUCUGUUACUGCCAACUCAAAUAAUUCCAAUGCUGUGGAUUUCCAAAUCGAAGCUAUGAGAACCCAAUUCUUGAGUAACCCCCAAUUGAACAGUCAGCUUCGCCAGUCAAACCCCCAAUUGCAUUCCACUUUGAAUAAUCCUUCUGAGUUCAAGAAUUCGGUGAUCGGAUCGUUGCAGCAAUUUCAAAAUGGAGCUACACCAGGACUGUAUAAUCCUCAGCAACAGGAACAGCUAAGCAGAUUACAAGACAACCCUGAUGAUCCAGAAAGUCAGUCUCGUAUUUUAGAAAUGAUAAGGCAGGAGCGAAUAGAUGAAAAUAUGCAAUUGGCGUACGAAAUCGCCCCAGAGUCGUUUACAUCUGUUAAUAUGUUGUAUAUAAACAUCAAAGUUAACGGAGUAUUAGUGCAAGCUUUUGUUGAUUCAGGUGCUCAAUCCACUAUUAUUUCCCCAAAGCUCGCAGAUAAGUGUGGUAUUUCUAGAUUAAUUGAUAGAAGAUUCGUUGGUGAAGCAAGAGGGGUUGGAUCUCAAAAAAUAGAAGGUAAAAUACAUAGUGUUCCUAUUGCCAUUGGUGAUUCUGAUACACAUAUCCCCUGCUCAUUUAUAGUAAUCGAUACACAUGUCGAUUUGUUAUUUGGUUUGGAUAUGUUGAGAAGACACAAGUGUGUAUUAGAUUUGGAACGAGACGUUUUGGUUGUAGGUGGAAAUAUAGAAACGAAGUUCUUACAUGAGCUGGAAAUCCAGGCUAAUCCAUUUCUACCUGGCGUUGCUGGUUCAAGUGCCAGUGCUGGUGGUACUGGUGGUACUUUUGGUGGCCAGGGAAUUGCCCUUGGAUCAAAUAGUGCAGAAAACAAUAACGUUACUUCUUCGAUUGUUCCAGCUAAUUCUACCCCCGACACUACGAAACAAAAAGCUCCUAAUGCUGCUGCAAAUGCUGCUGUUAAGAGACAAGACACAGGUAACCUGUCUUCUAAAUUUAGCGAAAGUGAUAUCAAGCAAUUGGUAAGCUUAGGCUUCUCAAAACAAGAAGCCAUUUUUGCUCUUGAACAAAGUCAAGGAAAUGUCGAAGUUGCUGCGUCCCUAUUAUUUCAAUAG